CUCUCUCUCUCUCUCUCGCUCGCUCUUCCCCAUCACACCGCACAACACCCGUUACAACCACCACACGCGCUCCACACUCCGCCAUCCUGCGUGUGACCAACGGCUGGUUAGCCAACAAGCUAACUAACGUUGCUUCUCACUAACCGGCGCGGCGUUGUCGUUGUGUUUACAUUUUUGUUUUUGUUUUUUUUCCCCCGUACUGUUAUGUGCAGACGUGACUAUCGUUGAAAUUACGGAUUAUCUGCACCUCUCCUCGGCUGACCGGGAGCCGCCAUGGAAUGCCGUGUGCUGUCCAUACAGAGCCAUGUAGUCCGGGGAUAUGUGGGCAACAAGAGCGCCUCUUUCCCAUUACAGGUUUUAGGGUUUGAGGUGGACUCCAUUAACUCUGUCCAGUUCUCCAACCAUACAGGUUAUUCCCAUUGGAAAGGCCAGGUGUUGACAGCAGACGAGCUCCAUGUUCUUUAUGAGGGAAUCAAACUGAACAACGUGCACCACUAUGACUAUGUUUUAACAGGGUAUACCAGAGACACAUCCUUCUUGGAGAUGGUGGUGGACAUUGUUCAGGAGUUAAAGAGAGCCAACCCCAACCUGGUGUAUGUAUGUGACCCCGUCCUGGGUGAUCACGGAUCUAUGUAUGUUCCCCAGAAUCUUUACCCGGUCUAUAAGAACAAGGUGGUUCCUGUUGCUGACAUUAUCACUCCUAACCAGUUUGAGGCUGAAUUAUUGACAGGGAAAAACAUCAGCACAGAGAAAGACGCUGUAGAGGUAAUGGACCUUCUCCAUGCUAUGGGCCCAGACACGGUGGUCAUCACCUCCUCUGAUCUGCCCUCCAGACUGGGAGACCGCUUCCUGGUGUCGCUGGGCAGCCAGCGACAUGUUCGUCCAGACGGCAGCAGGACAACACAGAGAGUUCGAAUAGAAGUUCCCAAAGUGGACGCUGUCUUCGUAGGAACCGGAGAUUUGUUUGCUGCUAUGCUGCUAGCGUGGACACACCACCACCCUAAUGACCUAAAGACGGCCUGUGAGAAGACUUUUUCAGUGAUGCACCAUGUUAUCCAGAGGACCAUAUCUUAUGCUCACGAGUUAGCAGGUCCUGGUCGGAGGCCCAGUCCGCCCCAGCUGGAGCUGAGGAUGGUUCAAAGUAAAGCUGACAUAGAGGACCCUGCUAUAGUUACGGAGGCCACAGUCAUAUCCUAACAUUACCGACCCAUAAGACUCAUACUAACCAUGUCCUCUUCACCCGUAAAUCUCUCAAAUCCUGUAUCUCGGUAAAUCUCUCAUCACUGUAAACCUUGAUUGUCAUUUCCAAACUUCAACACCUCAUCAUCCAGACUCCUCAAACCCCUUAGUAUUGUAACCCCUUUAGUCCUUUUACCCUAAAACCCUCUACCCCUUUAACUCCUGUAACUCCUACGCCCCUUGACCCUCACCCUGUUUUGGAACCAGAGCCAUGGAUAGACAGAAGGUUUGGUCUGGUUGGACUGUGGCGGCCUCUUGCUGCCUCUUCUCUGACAGGGUAUGUGAGUGGAAUGCACGGCUGCUUUAUGGAAAGCUGUAGGCUUUAAAAAAAACAAAACAAAAAAAGAGUGUUGUAGGGAUGAUUGGACAGUUAUAAAAAAAAAAAUCCACUGAAAAGUCCAGUCAUUACCGAUUGUUUUGGAGAUGUUAAAUUCAGAUGUGGGCAAAGGCGAUGCCAUAUUUAUUACAGGAAAGGUGGAGUAGACCCUGAAGUACUACUAGGACUGUAGUUAUUACUCCAGGGUGUUAUUAAACUCUUUAGUGGGGAGUGGAAAGAUGGGAGUGAAUACAGAAACUGUGAACAGGGAGCAAGAAUAAAGAAACUAACUGAGAGGAGGAGAUGCUGUCAGGAGUAUUUUUACCCAAUGUGAAUUCACAUUUAAAAAUAUGUACAAGCACUUGCUGUACUAAUACUUAACCUGGGUAACUUCCUCGUUUACUUAACAACAACAACACAUGGUUGUGUUCUGGCUUUGUUUGCAAAGAAAAUUUGUCAUGAGGUUCUAAUGCAGUGGGAAUGAUUUGUAGUUGCAUUUGGAAACAAAAAACUCUGCAACAUGUUUUUAUCCAAAAGUGAUAGAAAGUAAAACUCCAGCUACUGAAUGUUACUGUUUCUUAAAACUCCAAAAACUCUACCUCUAAAUUAUUAGAUAUGAACUUGCCUACUUUAUUGCUCUAUUACUGCCACUCAACUCACAUACUCUCUUUAUUUUUGACAGUGUUGCACUCUGGCGAUGGUCCUCCACACCAGUUGCCAGGUAACAAGAUUGCAUCGGUGGUACUGUAAAACUGUAAUAAUCAAACACUGUUUAUCUAUGGCUCUACCCACCACUGUUUUGACCCCCUCCCCGUCUUACAGCAGUGAUGUAAUGGUGACCAAGUCUAACCCCCCCGAGACCCCUUGACAAUAAUAACAAAGGAAAAAAAAAAACGCACAAUGUAUAGUUGAUGUAUAGAUGUUGUACUAUAACUGUAUUGGACCAUCUGUAUGAUAUCUUCUAUCUGAUCUGUCUCUUGGACCAUUGUGUUGAUGCUACUGUACUAUAGACCACACGCACUACAAUAUCACCCAAACCAGAGACAUCUGGGAUGGUUCUGGCACCGUGGGAGGCUCCAGUGGCUCCAGUCGUUGUAACUUGUUAGUAAUAGGUAACUGUCUAAUAGUCAUAGUAUAUGGUUGAACCUCCUUCAUCUCAACAUAAAGAAACAUGGGCAACCUAAGCUGUGUGAGCUGUCCCUGGCCGAUUUCACGUACGUUAGACCAAUCAGAAAUCGGCUACCUCGUGCCAGAACCAACCCGCAUCAUGCCGGGCGGUUCCCGGCCCAGCUCUGGCCCAGAACCCUAUAUCUGAGAGUUGUGCCACUGAAUUUACUGGAGGCCUCAAGAAGUCGUAAAAGGAGACUCUCCGCGUCAGAGCAGGAGACUUCCCCCACGUCCAGUAGCAGCUCUGCAAACGUUCGUUGUAGAAAAUGUAUUUUCGGUUCACUUCACACUCCUCUGUGGUCACAGUAACAGAAAUGAUGCCAGCUGGUCGAGUUUCAAUACCAAGAGUUACAUUUUUAAAUUAAAUAUAAGAUUAAGGAUCUACAGUACUGUCAGCGUAAACUGAUGCCUAUUUGAAAUGACUGUUUGCAGCUUGAAUACUACUAUUAUUAUACUGUCAAAGCACAUGCUGUUUGUGAACUAACCUCUCCAGUUAGAUCAGCAGAUGUUUUUAAUACUGCAACGAAAGUUUUGAUUUCAGAAAAUCUGGUUUCCUCAUAGCUAACUAGCCACUAAACUAGCUAACUUCCUGCCUUCAAGCAGUCAUGUUGUCUUCCCCAUCGUUACCAGCUGUUUUGAUACUGCACAGUCAAUAAAAAACACUUCAAUUAUGCUAAGAAAUGAUGCCGGACAGAGGAAUCUUAUGGUUGAAUGAAUAAUUCUUUAUGGCCAUCAUAUUCUGAGUUUCACAGUGGAGUGUGACAGGACAGAGGUGAAGAGAACAUGACAUGCGACAGUGGUAAUGAGCCGGUUUCAGACCAAUGAUGUUGCGAGAACUUGGCAUGUGCCUUAGCCCGCUGAGCUACCAGGGCACCACAGGAAAUGAGAUUUUAAUGAGAAUUUUUUAACAUUUUUAAGUUACCUCCCAAUCCUUUUCCCCCCUCGUUGCUUCCUGAUUUGAAUGUUCAGUAAUCUUUUAACAGCAGGAAACAGUUUCAGCUAACUUUGCUUGGCAACAACAUACAGUUUUGGAAACCAAAUAACUGGAGGCUUUAAAAAAAGAAAGAAAGAAAGAAAGAAAACAAAAGAAAAAGAAAAAUCCAGAUGCCAUCAGUGUCCCACCUGAGCUGGAUGUAAGGUUCUGGGCAGGCCAGUGUAAUUCUGUACUGCUGUUGUUUCUCUAUGGACUGUACUGUGAUACUGCCUUAGGAACCUAACAUCAUAACACCACAAUACUGCUCACUGAGGGAGAGGUGGAGAGGGAGGAGGAGGGGGUAGGAAGGAAACAUGAGAUGUCUUAAAUGUAGGUCUUUGUGACUGCACAUUUCUGUUCUGCAGUGUGGCUGAAAUGAGGAAAUGAGAUCGCAUAUGUUUAGAGUUUCUGUUUGAAUAUAUAAAAUGUGUUUUUAGGGCUGCAAGUAAGAAUUUUUUUCAUUAUUGAUAUAAAAUGAUUUGAUUAUUCUUUCAAUUAACCAAUUAAUUGUUUGGUUAAUAAAUUGACAGAAAAAUGACAAAAAAUAAUUUCCUUCAAUUUUUUUCUUUUUCCAACUAACAAUUCAAAACCCAAAGAUAUUCAAUUAUAUAAAACAGUAAAAAGCAGCACUUUUGAGAAGCAGGCAAUUUUGCUUGAUAAAUGACUUAAUUAGAAUUAAUCAAAGUUUUCUGUAAAUUUUCUCUAAUUGUUUUUGUUUGUUUUCUGCAUUUUAACUGUAUAAAGGUCAACUGGAAACACCUCUUGGACUUAUGGUGAGAAAAAAAUGCAGUCUCAUUCAUAAAAUUGUAAUAGUUAAUAUUGAUUUUUGUACUAGUACAGUUAUAUUGUGCCACUGUAGCACUGAUUGUCAUAUCAAUAACAGACUGCCGUGUCUGUGCGCUUGGUACUAUGGUGCACUAUCCAAUCCUCUGCUUCCUGCUAACAAACCAGUCAGCCGUAUUGUUGGGUCAAAAUGUGUCAACCUGUUGUGUCCGUGCGUGUCGUGUGUGAGCGAGUGUAUGUACAUGUGUAUAUAUAAAUGUCCUUUAUGGUCACAGGGUUUUGUGUGUAUGUGUGUGCAUGUGAAAUGAAAGAGGAAAUCCCUGAGAAGUAAAACUAACAGAUGGAGGAUGAGGGAGGAGGAGGGUUGAAGGAAAAACAAAAUCAAACAAAACAAAAAAAAAAGACAGGCAUAGUGUUCAUGAGGAGGGGAGGUGAGGUACGUUCAAGAGGACAAUCAUUCUGUGAUGUUACGUGGUGUUGCACCACUCCCUUUUCCCCUAUCUGCUAAAAAAAAUAGAGGACUAUUUUAGUUCUGGACUUGUUGAAAGGCAGACUUUCCUUGAUGCCUCACGUCUCCUCUUUCUCUUCCUCCCCCUCCACCCAUCCGCAUCCAAACACAUCUGUCCACCGCCCCACUUGCCUCCCUGCAGUGCCAGUUGUUGUGUCCGUAUCGCUAGUUUUUAAACCCUUAGCCACGCUGUGUGUGUUUGUGUGUUAGAUUAUAUACUGUACCCCCUCUUCGCCCUAUCUCUCUGCUAGAUCUGUUCCAAUGCUGGUCACAAUAACCUGCCUCUUAUCUCCACUUGCUUGCGGUGUCUUCUGUGAUGCAACUAAACUUCCCUGCACAAACUACACAAAAAAAACAAAAAAACAACUGCUGUUAUCUACGCUGCUCACCUCAUCCUGCUUUCACUAACUUCCUCCAUCCUAACUGCUGCUGUUGGCUUAAUUAACUACACUGCAUCAGCUCUUUGCAAGGUUGUGCGGAAAGUCCUUCCGAAGUUCUUAGUAACUACUAGCUACGACUAGCUACUACAACAGUACUACAACUUUCAAUUUACAUGAUUAUAUUAUAAAUAAUUAUAAAAAAUCUAAUUUUAAAAACGUAAAAUUUGAAGCAAUGUUUUCAAUGGAAAUACCAAUUUAACGUUUUUUGUUCAUUUAGCCUAAUUGGAACAAUGUUUUGUAAUAUAAGAUAAAUUGUGUUUUUUGUGAAAUAUAAGUUAAAGUUUUACCAGUUGACAUAAAAAAUAAACAGCAUUAUGAUGUGACAGGUCAGACAUGUCGACCGUAUGCCACGUUAGCUUAGCUAGUUUGUCCGUUAGCUAAUAGUAUAUAAUAAUAAAUAUUUUCCAACAAAUACUGCAACCCAUUUUAAUUUAGUACUGCGUAAUUCUCCACUUAGGAAACUAGGCUAAGUCUGAAUAGCUGGUGUAAUUGGCUACUGGUUACUAAUGAACUAAUGAACAUGGCUGACAUAUUGCACUGUCUCUUUAUUGCUACAAAAAAAGAGCAGUCCAAAAUGUCAAAGUGUUUUAUGUUUGUUUCAGUCGUCCUUGACGCAUUUGUUUGACCAUCACAAUUGACAGCAUAAGUGACACUACAGUUUACAGUAUAUCAGAGAAGAUGGGCAUCUCACCGGAGCUCUCUGUCUGUCUGUCAAAUGUAGUUAUACAUAUAGCACAUUGCUAAAUUACACUAUAAGGUUAGUGUUGUUUGGUGAAAUAACAGCUCUAAAACUUCACAAACCACAAAGUAAACUGAAAACAGCCGAGGGGCAACGAAGUUAAUCACUCAAGUUUUAUUUAAUGUCACAGUUUUUAAGAUUAACUGGAGAUUGAAUGGUCAAACAAUAACCAAGCAGGACUGCUCACACUGGUUACAAGUGACCCAGCUUUCCCAUGAGGCUUUGCUUGAUGCUCACAGCUGUCCAUGCUCCCCCCUCCCUCAUAUUUCCCCUCCUAUGUGUACCUGUUGUGAUAGAGCCCCGCCCCAGUUUGAUUACAAAAUGUCUGCUACUACAAACCGCGACGACCCAACCGUCUCUCUCCGACUGUGGUCCUCUCCUCUCCUCCAGGUCGACAGUUUCAUCUACGCCAUCUUGUUUUUCUGUUCUUGGUGGCCAAAACAAAACAUAAAACAAAAACGAGGAAAUGUAAUAAUCAUUGUUUGGUAACUGUUUUUAGUGCUAUGUUUUUGGAGCGUUACGAGUAUUUUCUAACAUGUUACAAUAAAAGAUUGUAGUGUACAAAUUCACAUUUAUAAAAUAUAUAUAUAGAUAUAUAUGAGAAAUGUAUGUUCUAAUGCAAUAAAGAGAGAUUAAGAAUUAUGAAAA